CUUCCGAACUUUAUUCUCCACGCCUUCUGCUCUGCCUCUCCCUCCUCUCUCUCUCUCUCUUUCUCUCUCUCUCUCUUUUUCCUCUCUCCCGUCUUUUCUUGAUCUCAGAGGACAGCAGCGGGAUGGAGGUCAGGGUGUGUGUGUGGAGUGUGUGUGCCCUUGUCACUUUGACACUGGGAUGGACCAAGGCUCAAGAUCAGACCAACUAUACCAGGCCUGUGUUCCACUGUGGAGGCCACCUGGUGACGGACUCCGGCAUCGUGGCCAGCGAAGGCUUCCCCAGCCACUACAAACCCAACAGCAAAUGCACCUGGUACAUCACGGUCCCAGAGGGUUAUGUGGUCAUGCUGUCUUUCCGCCUCUUUGACAUGGAGGCUGACCCCACAUGUCGUUAUGACUAUCUGGAUGUCUACAACGGGCACUCAUACAUGGUGCAGAAGCUGGGCCGCUUCUGCGGGACGUUCCGGCCCGGGGCGCUCAUCUCCACCUCCAACACCAUGAUGCUGGAGAUGGUGUCGGACAGCAGCACCGGAGGGAGAGGCUUCCUGGCUUACUUCAGCGGCGGGAAGCCACAUGUGGAAGAGAACCAGUUCUGUGGAGGGCGGCUGACCAAGGCGCAGGGCUCAGUCAAGACACCCAACUGGCCCGAUUCGAAUUACCCAGCGGGCAUCAGCUGCUCCUGGCACAUCUCCGUAGAACCGAGCAAUGUGAUCGAGGUGAAGUUUGUGAAGCUGGAUUUGGAGGCAGACACCUACUGUCGCUACGACUACGUGGCAUUCUUUAACGGAGGGGAGCGGGACGACUCGCGGCGGAUUGGGAAAUACUGCGGAGAUACAGUGCCAGGAACCAUAGUGACGAAUGGGAACGAGCUUCUGGUCCAGUUUGUCUCUGACCUCAGCGUGACCUCCGAUGGCUUCAUGGCCCACUACAACAGCGUUCCCCGGGGGUCCCAGGCACCCACUGUUGGGGGUGACUUUGUCAACCGGGUCGAGGUCGACUUCACGUUGGCGAAACCAACCGCAAAGCCAAGCAAACCCAUCAAACCCAUCAAACCAACACCCAAGCCUAAGCCCAGCCUGCCACCCAAACCCACCUCCAAACCCACCACAAAGCCGACGGUAAGGAUACCGAUCAAACCUCCACCACGCAAACCCAUAAAAAAGCUGGUAGUGAAGCCCACCCCCAAGCCCAAACUAAUUAAACCAACUCGUAAACCGCUGGUGAAAAAAAUCCUACCCAAACCUAAAGUUAAACCAACGCUCAAGCCCAAGUUCAAGCCAAAACUCAAACCCACACCCAAGCCUGCGCUGAAGCCCAAAGUCAAGCCCACUCCAAAACCUGGAGCCAAGCCAGUGAAGCCGACCCCUAAGAUUGGAGUUACACCAACAGCCAAACCAACAGCCAAACCAACAAGCAAACCAACAAGCAAGCCAACAAUCAAACCGACAAGCAAGCCAACAAGCAAGCCAACAAAUAAACCAACAAACAAACCAACAAGUAAGCCAACAGCAAAACCAACAAGCAAGCCAACAAUCAAACCAACAUCCAAACCAACAAUCAAGCCAAAUCUGAAGCCUAAAGCGACAGCCAAACCGAGCCUAAGCAAGACAGUGACAAAGAAACCUCUUGUGGUCAAGAAACCUUCACCAGUCUUACCAGUGAACCCUCAGUGCACACCGGUGUGUAAGAGGACCGGCACCCUCCAAACCAGCUUCUGUCCUCAUGACUUUGUGAUUACGGGUAAGAUUAUUUCAUUGAGCCCUGUUUCGAGUGGCGGUGUACAAGUAGAGGUGGCCCUCAUUAAGGCCUAUAAGGCGGGACGUCUGAGCAUCACCAAGUCGGGGCCCGCCAUGUCAGUCACGCUGACCUCCGCCUGCAAGAAAUGCCCCAGCCUGAGCAAAGGACUGAACUACGUGUUGAUGGGGGAGGUGGACGCGCAGGGCAACGGUCUCCUCAGCCCGUCCAGCUUCACUCUCCUAUACAAGCCCGUCCACGGCAAAGCGCUGGCCAACCUCGCGCGUCAGCAGUGCUGACAUCACAGCCCAGUCCACCAAUCAGAAUGACAGCCCUGCCUCUCUCUCUCUCUUCCCCACAGAACUCAUAACUUCACAGAGGGAAUAUAUUAUUACUACUAUCCAAAUAUAAUUUUUUACAUGAUAAAUUACUGUUGUGAAAAGUAAUGAACCUUGUAUUUUGUAUGUAAAUUAUAUUUCUGUGAUAAAGGAUGCAACAUCAAUAAACCAGGUGACGCUGGAGCUUGA